ACACUGGAUUGGAUUAAGCGUGGUGCCGUCACGCCAAUUGAACGUAACAAUUAUUGAGGUAACAAUGAGUACCUGCGUUUUUUGCAAAACAAAGCAAUCAAAAUAUUGUGGGCGAUCAUUUCACAAAUUUCCCGUGAAAGAUGUGUUGCGCCUUCAGCAGUGGUUAAAAAAAAUGAAGAGGAAGGACUGGAAGCCAAACCGAAAUAGCACAUUGUGUUCAGCUCAUUUUACAAAUGACUGCUUUGAUAGGACAGGAUUCCUAAUUACAAUGAAAAAGAACAGUGUACCAACUAUAUUUGACAACCCAAAAUCAGAGUGUUCAUGUUGUCACCGAUUAAGGGUAUAUGGACGUGGCUAUUCAUUCUUCAAGUUCCCAUUGGAUGAACCUGAUAUUAUGAAGCAGUGGAUCGCAAAUAUAAACAUUGGACCGCGGUCUCCAUCAGGUGAUAGCUUUCUGUGUUCCGACCAUUUUGAACCCUCUUGCUUUCAGAAGAAAAGUAAAAAUUAUAUAACUUUACGAAAAGGCAGUAUCGCAACGUUAUUUGGUGAAAACUUGCAGCAGACCGAAUCACAGGAUGAAUCCGAUCGGCCCACCACAGUGAAUGUAACCAAAUUACAUGAGCACCUACACAUUUGUACCUGAUUUGCAUGCUCAGAUAUGUACAUCUUUUUUAUUUUCUUUUGAUUGUGCUUGUAACUUUUUCUCCAUGUGAAUGGAUUGUGGAUUGAUACUACUAAUUAUAUUACGGUUGUGGUUUAUCGCACGCAACUCUAUAAAAAUUCCUUAACGUUUGCAAGGAAUGUUUUAUUCUCCAUAUUUUUGAAUAAAGUUUUUACUCACCCGAUUCGAUAUAAUUUAAUUCAAAACUUUUUUUACAUGUCUUAAGCUCCACUUUGAUGAUCAAUGGAUGGUAAAUGGAUUCUCUAACGGUUGAAUUAGUGUUUUAC